AUGGGCGGAGUAGAUAAGCACGAUAUGCUUCGGCAACUGUAUGGCACAAACAGAAAGAGCAUGAAAUGGUGGCACAGAAUUUUCUUUGGUCUUCUUGAUAUGAGUAUUGUGAAUGCAUAUGAUGUUUACAAAGAAACUCAUCCAUCUCUUUCAGUAUUCAGCUUCCGUACAGAGCUUGCCAGAGGACUUCUGACUUAUACAAAAGAUCGUAAAGCUCGAGGAACGCCCAAGCGAAGGAAAACUGAGUACAGUAUACCAACGUCAGUUAGAUUUACCAAUACUGGGGUACAUUGGCCAAAAUUCACUCAGAAAAAGGGAAGAUACUGCAAAGUACCCAUUCUGAACUCCUACUCAAUAUGCAUGAACAACUGCCGAAAACAAGUCUUCCCUAAAGAUGAGGAGAAUAUAAUUUUGCGUUUUAGCCUAACGCGUCACCCACGUUCGAAAUGCUAG